UGUUCCGAGUUUGUAGAGAGCGGCUGCUGUGAGAUAUUUGCCAUUGGGCAGACUAUAAAAGCGCAGUGCAGAACGUGGCUUACAAUCAGUUCGAACUGAAUAACAUCAUGAAGUGGCUAUCUGUAGUUUUCGCCUUAGCCUUAUUGGCUCUAGCCAGCGCCAACCCGCUGCACCCGGAUGUGGUCAUCAAUGGGGAUUGCAAGAAGUGCAACGUACACGGCGGCUAAAAGCACCUAAAAAUUAUAAUUAACUAAUAAAAUUAAACAAAUGAAUGCACAAUAUA